AUCCGUGCAUUUCGCAGUCCACACAAACGAACUCUCUUUUCCUUAAAAACAACUUUCCCUCUUUCUGGUUCUUCUUCAUCCUCCUUUUUCCCCAUGUCGGGGAUUCGUCUAUUGAGUUUUGCGGUUACAUUUUUCGAAACAGAUUGAAAAAAUAAAAAAGCAUGAAACCGUUCAUCAUGCUUGUUUGAUUCUAUUAUACGAUAGAAAUAUAAGAUAUAUUAAUAAUCGAGGGUGAUAAUUGUGUAGAAGGAAGAAAAGGAGAUGGAUCGAAGAAACAUUUUGUUAUCGGCGCUGAGCGUUGGGGUGGGUGUAGGAGUGGGGAUUGGGUUGUCCUCCGGACAAGGCCUUCCCAAAUGGGGUGUUAAUGGUAAUUCUUCCUCAGACGGCGUUACUCCGGAGAACCUCGAACAUGAAAUGCUACGAAUGGUCGUGGAUGGCAGAGAAACCAAUGUCACUUUCGAUCAAUUCCCUUUUUAUCUUAGGGAGCAGACAAGGGUAACGCUAACAAGUGCUGCUUAUGUUCAUUUGAAGAAUGCGGAGGUUUCCAGACAUACACGGAAUCUUGCUCCUGCAAGCCGGACUAUCAUGCUUUCAGGGCCAGCGGAGCUUUAUCAACAAGUGCUUGCCAAAGCUUUAGCCCACUACUUUGAGGCGAAGUUGCUUCUGUUAGAUCUCACUGACUUUUCAUUGAAGAUUCAGAAUAAAUAUGGUUAUGCCAACAAUCGAUCGAUUUUCAAAAGGUCUACCUCAGAGACAACUUUGGAGCGGAUAUCCGACCUAUUUGAAUCAUUUUCAAUCUUUUCACAAAAAGAAGAACUUAAAGGGACAAUCCACAGGCAACCCAGUGGAGUGGACCUUCGGUCAACGGAAUCUGAAAGAUUGUAUAAUCCUUCUAAGAUUCGUAGGAAUGCGUCUGCCUCUGCAAAUAUCAGUAACCUUGCUUUGCAAAGCAAUACUACAAAUUCAGCCCCUCAGAAAAACAUAACGAACUUGCCUUUUGAUGAAAAGCUUCUUGUACAAACUCUUUAUAAGGUUCUGGUUUAUGUAUCAAAAACCUAUCCUAUUGUUCUAUAUUUGCGGGAUGUUGACAAGUUAUUAUAUAGAUCACAACGGAUAUAUAACCUAUUCCAGAAAAUGUUGAAUAAACUGUAUGGACGAAUUUUGAUUCUUGGCUCACGAGUUUUGGAUUCUGGAAGUGACUACAAAGAAGUGGAUGAAAGACUUUCUUCCGUCUUCCCCUACAACAUAGAAAUCAGUCCCCCAGAAGAUGAAUAUUAUCAUGUCAGCUGGAAGUCUCAAUUUGAAGAGAACAUGAAGACGAUACAGACUCAGGAUAAUAGGAACCAUAUCAUGGAAGUGCUUGCAGCCAAUGAUCUUUAUUGUGAUGACCUGGGUUCCAUCUGUGUGGCAGAUACAAUGGCUUUCAGUGACCAUAUAGAAGAGAUCGUCGUGUCAGCAAUUUCCCAUCAUUUAAUGAAUAACAUAGAUCCUGAAUACAGAAAUGGCAAACUAGUUAUUCCUUGUAGCAGCUUGUCCCAUGCAUGGGGUAUAUUCCAGGAGGGGAAAUUCAGUACAAGAGAUACAUUAAAAUUAGAAGCCCAGGCAGUUACGACUGAGCCGAGAGAAGAAGCUGUUGUGAAGCCAGAAACAGCGUCAGAAAAACCUGCUCCUGAAAUAAAGGCUGAAGCAGAUACAUCAAUUUCAGUGGGAACAACUGACGGUGAAAAUGUACUUCCUGCAUCAAAAGUUGAAGUUCCCCCUGACAAUGAGUUUGAGAAGCGAAUAAGGCCUGAGGUAAUACCAGCAAACGAAAUUGGUGUAAAAUUCUCUGAUGUUGGUGCCUUAGAUGAGACCAAAGAAUCGCUUCAAGAACUAGUUAUGCUUCCUCUUCGAAGGCCAGACCUUUUCCGCGGAGGCCUUCUAAAGCCUUGUAAAGGAAUAUUGCUUUUUGGACCUCCUGGCACAGGGAAGACAAUGCUGGCAAAGGCCAUUGCAAACGAAGCUGGAGCAAGUUUCAUUAAUGUAUCCAUGUCCACCGUCACCUCUAAAUGGUUUGGUGAAGAUGAGAAGAAUGUUCGAGCUUUGUUCACUCUGGCAGCCAAGGUCUCCCCAACUAUUAUAUUUGUUGAUGAGGUUGAUAGUAUGCUGGGGCAACGUACCAGAGUCGGAGAGCAUGAAGCCAUGCGGAAAAUAAAGAAUGAGUUUAUGACACUUUGGGAUGGACUAAUGACAAAUCCAGCAGAGCGUAUCCUUGUUCUUGCUGCGACCAAUAGGCCGUUUGACCUGGAUGAAGCAAUAAUUAGGAGAUUUGAAAGGAGAAUAAUGGUGGGGAUGCCAAGCUUGGAGAACCGGGAAAAAAUUUUGAGGACUCUUUUGCGAAGAGAAAAGGUGGACAAGAAAUUUGAUUUUAAGGAACUCGCAACUAUGACAGAAGGAUACAGCGGAAGUGAUCUCAAGAACUUGUGUACAACUGCUGCUUACAGACCUGUUAGAGAGUUAAUUCAACAAGAGAGACUAAAAAUGCUGGAGAAAAGGCAGAAAGGUGUUGAAGAACAGAAUAACAAUGUCCAAGAAGUACCGGGAAAUCAAUCUACAGUGGGAAAUAUCCAAGAUGCUUUGGAAGCAAAAGAGGAAGUUAAACAGGAAAGAGUAAUUUCCCUUAGACCUUUGAACAUGCAAGACUUCAAAGAGGCUAGGAGUCAGGUUUCCGCAAGCUACGCAGCUGAGGGGGCUGGAAUGAGUGAGUUAAAGCAGUGGAAUGAAAUGUAUGGGGAAGGAGGUUCAAGGAAGCGAGAGCAAUUAUCUUACUUCCUGUGAAAGUUUUUAGGGAAGAAACAAAUCGUAGUUGCAUCCCUUCUAGUUGG